AUGGAAGAUAAAAAACUCACCAUCGAUGAUUUUGAUCUGAAAUAUGUUUUAGGAAAGGGUUCUUUUGCAAAAGUGGUGCUUGUGAAAAAGAAAGAUACAAAAAAAUUAUACGCAAUGAAAAUCUUAAAAAAAGAUUAUAUUUAGCGCAGAAGGUAAGACUAAAACGUAAUGGUCGAGAGAAAUUUAUUGGUUGAAAUGAAUCAUCCUUUUAUUAUUAAAGUUAAACACACCUUUCAGAGUGAAAAAAAGCUUUAUUUCUGCUUAGAGUAUUGUCCAGGGGGUGAACUCUUCAAUUUACUUUAUAAGAAAGAACGCUUCAACGAAGAUUAAACAAGGUUUUAUGUUAGCCAAAUGAUAUUAGCCAUUGAAUUCUUACAUGAAAAAAAUGUUAUUUACCGCGAUUUAAAACCUGAAAAUGUGCUUAUAGAUAAAUAAGGCUACAUUAGAGUAACCGACUUUGGUCUCUCUAAGUAAAAUGUAAAGGGUAAUUAUGAAGCAAAAUCUGUAGUAGGUACUCCUGAAUACUUAGCUCCAGAAAUUUUAGAAGGAAAGGGUUACGGAAAAACUGUAGAUUGGUGGACACUAGGUUGUAUUAUUUAUGAACUCCUUACUGGACGUCCCCCUUUCUAUAAAGAUGAAGGUAAAGAAGAUUUAUUUUAGCAAAUUCAAUAAAACAAAGUAGAAAUUGAAAAAAAUUGGAUCUCCGAUUGUAAAGAUCUUGUCCUAAGUCUCCUAUAAAAAGAUCCAAAACUGAGAUUAGGGUUUAAUGGAGCACAUGAAAUUAAAGAUCACCCAUGGUUUAUGAGUUUAGACUGGGAUGUGCUCAAAAAUAAAAAAUAUACGCCUCCAUUUGUUCCUGAUAUUAAAAACGAAGACACUCCAGGUUAUGUAGACAAAUAUUUUUUAAAUAUGAAUAUAUAAAGCGUGGAAUAAAACUCCUUAAAGAACGAUUAUAAAGAUUUCAAAGGAUUUACCUAUGAUAGUUAAAGUUUCUAAGUUAUUGGAAAUCCUGUAUUAUGA